GUCCGACACCGUUCAGUACACCCGGUGAUCAACUUCAAGACAGGCGAUGGCGCCCUCAACAACUGUCCCCACGGUCACGGAUAUUGAAGUCCCCGAGACCCUCCUCAAAAGGCGCAAGCAGAACGAGAAGGCACGGGAGGAGCGUCUUGCUGCAGCCUCAGCUGCUCGCAAGGCAGCCAAGGCAAAGCGCAAAGUUAUUUUCAAGAGGGCGGAAGCUUAUGUGAAGGAAUAUUUGGAAAAAGAGAGAGAGGAGGUUAGGCUGAAGAGGGUUGCACGGUCAUCUGGCGACUUCUAUGUCCCUGCAGAACCGAAAGUUUACUUCGUCAUCCGCAUUCGCGGUAUCAACAAUAUCGCACCAAAGCCCCGCAAGAUCCUUCAGCUCCUACGUCUUCUGCAGAUCAACAACGGUGUCUUCGUCAAGGUCACCAGGGCAACUCAACAGAUGCUGCGGCUAAUCGAGCCCUAUGUCACAUACGGCGAGCCGAACCUCAAGUCUAUUCGGGAACUGAUUUACAAGCGUGGUUACGGCAAGAUCGACAAACAACGCAUCCCUCUUACCAACAACGCCGUCAUCGAGGAGAAGCUGGGCAAAUAUGAUAUCCUCUGCGUGGAGGACCUCGUUCACGAAGUUGCUACCGCAGGCCCUAACUUUAAACAGGUACGCUCCCUCACACUUGCGUCAUUCGUUUUAAUGAUUGUGCGUUUCAGGCAACAAAUUUCCUCUGGCCAUUUAAACUGUCGAACCCCACUGGCGGAUCAACAAGCUCAUCCGGCAGAUGAACUGAGUUCCUGCACGAUCUACUUCGUGGGUGUGCGUCUACUGGCGUCAUAUGUGCAGUAGGGGAGGGCAGGACUAAUCCCGGCUGCGUAUGCUC